CCAUCGUCAAACUUGUUGCCCACAUCGCUUUCCUAUUGGUCCGUGAUGUUAAAUCCCGCUUGCUUAUUGGCUGUCUGCGAUGUCAAUGAUUGUUAUUCGUUCCCGUUGUCUCUGCAUCACAAAAUGCAGUAUGUAGGUUACGCGUCUUAAACCCAAACUCUGAUGACCAGUGUUAGAAACUGAACAAAGCUGGAAUGGCGCCGACAACGGAGUCCAGGCUGGAUGUUGAUGCUCUGAGUAAGAAAGAUGUGCUGCUGCUCUUCAGUGUGCUGGAGGGAGAACUGGAGGCCCGAGACCUUGUCAUCCAGGCUCUCAGGGCCCAGCGCAGGGAAACGUAUGUGUGGGAGCACUAUGGGAAAUAUGAUCUGAGCGAUCCCUUCAUGGCCCUGCAGAGGGACAACGAGGCUCUUCGGAGCUCUGCUCAGUGCAGAGGAAAUACCACAAGUUGUUCACAGAGACGAGCGACAGACAUCAGGCGCUCUGAUCCACUGACCAUGCUCAGGAUGGUGGUGGGACACUGCAGAAAAAUGCAGGAGAAGAUGCUGAAGCAGCUUGCAGCUGCCGAGAUCAGGCACAGAAGGGUUAUUGCUGAUUUGGAGGAGGAGAAGAGGAGGCAUGCUGAAGAUACAGCUGAAGGAGAUGAUGUCACAUGCAUUUUAGAGAAGGAGCGAGAGCGCCUCCUACAGCUGUUGGAGUUUGAAAAGACAAAGUUAUCCCGCAUGGAGAAAGAAAACAAGCGAUUACAAGCUCAGCUGGAGGAUGAACGUGUACAACAUAAGCAGCUUAUGGGUGCUCUGGGGCGUGAGUGCAAACGCUCGAGUUUGCGUGCCCACGAGGAGGGACAGCGUGCCAGUGAACUUAGUCGCAAACUGGAGCACCAACGUGCCACCAAUCAAACCCUGAGGGCAGAGCUUGAGGAGGAGAAGAAGUGUGCCAUGCAAAUGGAGGCAAGGAGGGAAGAGCUGCUGGCUGAGUUUGAUACAGAAAGGGAGCAGCUGAGUCUGCGGCUGAGACGGGAAGAGGCAUGCAGCAGUGCUCUGCAGGAAGAGGUGGAGAGGCUGAGGGGAGAGAUACGACAGCUCAGCGGAGAGGUCGACAAGGAGGAUCAUAGAAACGAGUUCAGGGAGGUGAGAAAUGGCUCGGUGGAGUUUGGAACAGAAAAAUCAGACAUGAUCCAGCUGAAGAUUAACGGUCAUCAGACACUAGUAGAGGAAAGAGGGAAUGGCUUGAGGCUGAGGAAUGAAAAUGGAGGAGAAAAUCUGGCUUUUCUUUCCAUCCUAAGCACUGACAAUAAUGAACUGACUAAUGGGUCCUCCACUAAUUUAAAUAAUGAGAGUCUCUCAACCUGUGGCACAGGCUCCUCUCCUGAGACAAGCUCAAGCCUACAGGCUGCCUAUCAGGCUGGAAUCCAGCAGCGUUUCCAUGCAGCACGUCACAAAUUUCAGUCCGUUGCUGAGCAAGACCCCCAACUGGGCUCAUCGGUCCCUCAUUCCCCUCGUGACCUUUUACCCUGUGCCACCACAGAUCCUCUAACAGAGUGCAGCAACUCCAAACAGACAGGCUGCAGUACAGUGACUCAGGCUCUCAGCCGCUUUAGCACUAAAACAGCAACCAUACCAAACAGCUCACCUUUUGGCACAGACUACCGUGCCGUGGCCCCAUCCGGAGCACUGUCUCCUGGAAUUCGCUCUCCCACAAUCCCCAGGGUUGAUAGAGGGAUCCCUCCACCCAUCCCCCCUAAGAAACCCGGCCUGGCAGAGACGCCACCCUCCCCUGCUACCCUCAGAGCUGCCCACAUGGCUCAGAUAUUAGCUGGAUGUGGCCGUAAAACAGAAAACAGCAAAGAGCCAGACCUGCUUUUGUCUUCCAGGAGCUAACAUGCACACCGCCAUGGGUUCUGUGAUGGCUUCUGUUUUGUUUUGUUAAAUAAAAAAAAAAUCAUUCACAUAUCUCUUGCUGCCACAUCAUCAUGUUUUUGCCUACUAUAAGAAUUCCAUUAAUCACAGACUUUAUUAUAUGAAAACAUUUAAACGUUUUGUACCGGGCACGCUCUUAUUGGAAAGUAAUCAUUCACUGGUGGUGUGACACCCAGAUUCCAUGCUGAACUGGUUUGUUUUCAUGUAACAUCAUGGCCUGAAGAGUGUGGUUCCAUUUCAACUUGCCAGCAGUAUCAUUUUUUUAUUUAUUAAUGAAAGCUUUAAAAACUGUUUAUAGUUACAUUUAGUGUUGUGGAACAUCUGUGAGUUCCUGUAAUCACUUGUCAUGUUAUUAGCUCUUUAGUCUCUCUCUCUUUCCUUUCUAUUGAACUUAUAAUACAAAAAAACACAGAUUAGAGAGAAAUUGGAAAGUAUUAUGGUUUCAGUCCUGAAGACUUUCACAAAGACUUUUACAAGACCCUGAAUAACUGUUUCCAAGUUGACACUGCUUCUGUAAACAUAAACAUCAGAAACAGCAAACUUAAUCACUGAGAUUCCACUAUAAAAUUCCACAGUGAAUUAGAGUGCUACUAAAGAAAGAAUACCAGAUUAGCUCUAGUGUCUAUCAGUAUAAAAUCAUAUUUUAUGCUAGAGCUGGAACUAUUGUCAGAGCUAUGUUAAAGAAAAAUUAAUAUUUUUUCUGCAAAUUUCAAAGAUUUGUUUUCAAGGUGUACUUUAGCUCUGUUGUCCGUCCAAUGAGACCACCCAAUGUCUGUGUAAACAGAUAAGUUUUAACGCAGUACCUGUGAUUACCAGAAAAAAAGAAAAGGUGAUUAUCUUGACACAGAAUAAAUAUUACUCACACAUAUUUGCCUGCCACAUUAAAAGUGUGCUGAUUAUGGUGUGGGUAAUUAUUAUGUAUUAAUCAUAAAAGAACACACUGAGGGUUUUGUUUUUACUUUAGAUAUAUCGAAGGUCAUAUUCAGUUAGAGGUCAGUUGAGCAUUUAUGCAAAUACCAAUUACUGUGGUUUUAUUCCUAUCAUUUUGUGUGUGCUGUAUAUGCUUGUGUAUUGUAUACGGUUCUUAUCAUUCGGGUUAUAACACAAGGUUUUCUCAAAAGAUUUUUUUUUUGUUAUCUAUUUGUAUUUGUCUCUUUUCUAGUUUAUACACUGUAAUGUAUGUUUGUGACAGUUUGUAUGCAGCAAGCAUGCUUUUAAUUGCUUUUGUAAUCUGUGCAUAUGUAUAUAAAAUAUUAUAAACCAAUUAUUAACUUUUAGAUUCUGCUUUGAUGCUAUCACACAAGGUAGCACUACCAUAUAUUUGGAUGUGUAUGUAUGAUGCUUAUGGUUAUUGGUAUAUUAUUUUAUUUUAUAACCAGUCCAAUAUAUUCCAUAUCAGUGUUAUAUAAUAAUAUAAUGUACUAUAAUUCUAUAUGAUUUAGGAUUGUAUUCCUCUGCAUAUUAAAUACAUAUACUUAGUCAUAGCAUUAAACAUGACCACUUUUAUCAUGAUUUUUUUAUGUUUGUUUCUCCUAAAGCAAGCCACCAGGGGGAAGCAAAUGAUUAGCUGAUGGUAAAGGUUUUUUAGAGUCAGGUAUAACG